AGCUAUCGUGAGAUAUUAUUACACCUAUCCAAUAAAGUUGAUCGCGCGUGUUGAAGAGCUUCAGUUAAGUAAACGCGCUCGUACAGACCGGUUGAUGUUUGCACUUUGUUUUCGUCGGGUCGCCCAUUACUUUCGGUGGUGAAUGCUACUAUUUUGCUUUGUUUUCGCUUUCAGUUGAUUAUAAGUAACCGAGCUCGGGUGCGAUGAUUGAAGAAAUUAUGUUAUUUUCGAAUGAAAGUUCCAAAGGAAGGAAGAAAAAGUGAACAAGGUCGUUUCAUUGACGUGUGUGUUUUCUGGAUUAUUAUAAAGUGUUGUGCUAUUAAAACCAUUCAUUAAUUUCUGUUCAAGCCUGGAAGUGAACUUUGCUGAAAACCAUGAAAUUUUGUGCACGCGAAAACAUAAACCAUGUUUUGAAGCAAUUUUUCUCUACGCGACUGCUGACCGCACGUGGAUUGUUGUUGGUCGUGUUAUAUUGCUUCAUUCUGGAACCGGUGCAUGGUGAACCAUCGUCUAACAUUUACCAUGAUGUAUCGCAUAGGAGUCAUGACAAACAUUGCCGUCAUCAGCAUCCCAAAGCGCAUGAGGUAAUACAUGGAGUGCAACUGGAACCUAUUCAUGUGAUACGAAAACGUAGCAUUGAUCAACCGCUGAGGAUACUUCUAGUUUACGAUGAAUCUGUGUACCGAUUAGACUCCGAUAAAUUCGCUCUAAUCAAUGAUACGAUACUGCCGGAAGCCGUUCGGUUUUGGGAGCAAGCUUUGAUGGUGCGACAAACUAAAGAGAUUAUAAGACUUAAUCGCAAGUGCGAAAGUAGCCAGGUGUUCGUAAAAAACUCGCUCACCUACUGCAUCGAUUCAUGCAAACCCGUUACGCUAUGCGGAGAGGUGCAAGUGCCGGAAGACCAUUUGGAUGUGUGCCGUGUUUGCAAUUCCACUGGUCAAGAUUGCCGUGAAGAUGGCAGCACAAUUGCAGGCAGAGGAAUAUCGAACGCUGAUUUCGUGUUCUAUGUGUCCGCACGGCAAUCUGAGCGUUGCCAUAAAGGGUUGACGGUAGCGUACGCCGCCCAUUGCCAACAAGAAGCGGCUCUAGAUCGACCUAUCGCUGGCCAUGCAAACCUAUGCCCGGAAAGCAUUAACACUAAACCACAGGAGCUGCAAACGCUGCUUUCCACUGUGAAGCAUGAAAUUCUCCAUGCGCUCGGGUUCUCCGUAAGUUUGUAUGCUUUUUUUCGAGACGACGAAGGGAAUCCUCGAACUCCCAGGAAGCCAGACACUGGAAAACCAUAUCUGAAUGAAAAGCUGCAAAUACACCAGUGGAGUGAUCAGACCAUCAGAAAAGUGACGAGAAACGAUUGGGCAGUGCGUGGAGGGUACAUCAAUAGGACGGUUGAUAUGAUGAUCACUCCAAGGGUGGCAAAGGAGAUUAGAGAUCAUUUUAGUUGCCAGAAACUGGAAGGAGCUGAAUUGGAAGACCAGGGUGGAGAAGGCACCGCAUUGACACACUGGGAGAAACGUGUGCUGGAGAAUGAGGCAAUGACAGGCACACAUACGCAAAGUUCAGCUUUCUCGCGAAUCACUCUGGCACUGAUGGAAGAUUCGGGGUGGUAUAGAGCCAAUUACAGCAUGGCUUCUCCGCUCACAUGGGGCAGAGGGUUAGGCUGUAAUUUUGCAAUGAGAAGUUGUAAAGAUUGGAUCACCUCAAACAAUGUCAGAGGACGAUCCAUUCAUCCAUUCUGUGCAAAGGUAAAGCGUGAUCCUCUCCAGACGGAAUGCACGGAUGAUAGAAGUUCAGUAGCAUUGUGCAACUUGAUACGCCACGACAGUCCGUUACCCCGGCAGUAUCAGAAUUUCGACGCACUGGCUCACGUACCCACGGGUGACGAAGCGUACUACGGUGGAUCGGUUUCAUUGGCGGACCACUGUCCAUACAUACAGGAAUUCACCUGGAGAAGUCGGAAUGUGGUCGUGCGGGGUUCGCAGUGCCAAUUCGAUGAUAACAAUCCAAAACCUGAGAAAAACUUUGCACUGGAAUCGUACGGUCAAGAUUCAAAAUGUUUCGAUCACAGUGAGCACAUGUGGGAAGAAAGAUCAUGUCGACAAACACGUGAAUGGCAACAUUGGGGCUCAGGCUGUUAUCGGUAUAAAUGCGAGCAUGGACGGUUGCACAUAAUCAUCGCCAACUAUUCGUACGAGUGCUUCUAUGCUGGACAGGAACUGAACGUGCGUCUCAUGGCUGGCGGGUGGUUACACAAAGGAGCUGUUAUCUGUCCGUCAUGUAAGGAGAUGUGCAACUCGAUAUUCGAGCAGCGAGGAGAACGGUGCAAAGCUAGCGAGGAAGCACCGUUAGCAAACUAUUAUCCAAAGCACCAGCUAAAAUGCAGUGCUGCGAGUGUAAAGCAUUCCACUAAUAAAUUCCUUGUCUCGAUUUCGUCAGUUAUAGUUAGCCUUAUACUUUUAUUGCGGUUGCGAAGACAAUUUUUGUUUUGAUAAGUAUUAUGUAUUAUGUGUAGCUUUAAUUUAUGAAAGUCUAACGUCACGUGAUAAUGUUUUUUUUUCUGUUUGAUGCACGACAGAAGCUUUUAUUUAGGUGUAUCAUUUGAUAGUCACAAGGUGUGUAAAUUGUAUGUAAAUAGGCUAAAUCCGUACUCGAUUCCAAUAUUACGCGACUAAAGAUGUGUAUAUAAUAAGGUAAGCAAAAGACAGCUACAGGAAAUUGAACGAACAGCGAGAUAGAUCUCACACCACAACUUUUUUUUACAAAGAUACCGACAGAUCCACGUAGCAUAGUAUCUAAGUAGCAAGUUUUUCAAUUAUCGUUCUUAGUUUAAAACAACAUCAGCUAUUGGACGAUAACAUCAACACUAAUCGACCAAAUCGAAGUUUCUUCUACCAAUUGAAUCCUAUUUAAAGAAGUGAAUAGUAAUGGUUUUAGACAUGUUUGGUGUUUAUUGAAAGCCUGGAUAUGUUUAAGUUUUCUUAGGAGAAUGUUAAGAAUUAUCAGCACUCAAGCAACCACCCUUACACAUUGCUUACUCAUAUUCUGUACUCACCUUCACCACUCAAAGUGUACAAGGGGCAUGUGGCUUGUAAUAACAGAUUUAGGUUUUGUUUAGCCUUCCCUCGUUUAGCUAGAGUAUGGUCUAGCAGUACUGGACGCAUGGAAAGAGUGCGCAGAAUGGAGGCCUCUAUUAGAAACCAAAAAUGUUUAAAACGUACAGUUUUUACUUCUCCAAACUUGGUACAAUUGGGAAUACCCUCGUUGACGAGUGUAAAAUAUCGUGCCGUAAAGCUGAAGUGUUCCUUAACAUGGUGCCGUCAUAAUUUGGUUUAAAGUAAUCUAGUGAGGUAGGAAUCGCAUGUGAAACUGCCAAAGUUUUAAUGAUCGAACAAAGUUUGUCACAUUAAAUAAAAACGAAAAU